AGUGAGAAGUGUUCAGUCCAGCAGCAGUCGCACAGUCAGCACACACUCACACACACACACACACACACGCACGCACGCCAGCACACACACACACACACUGAAGUAUCGAAGAGCUCAACAUGGACGACUUGGCUCUUCCGUCGUGGCUCCGCAUCCUGGUGGUGGCCAUGUUGGCGUACGGCGUCAUGAAGAGGAUCCUGGCGACCCACCUGAGCCCCGCCUCUACCGUGGCGGCGUGGCUAGGGGCCACCGUGCUGAUGGAGCGUGCGUGGGCGCUGUGUGUGCCCGUCGGGCUACUGAUGGCGCUGCUGGGACUCGUCUACUUCCUGUCCGUCAGGGCCCUCACGCCGCACGCCACCUUGCCCGCCCUGGGGAAGGCCGUCGUCAUUACAGGAUGUGACUCGGGUUUCGGGAAGGCGACAGCAAGGCGUCUCGAUACUCUGGGCUUCCAGGUGUUCGCCACAGUGUUGGAUCUGUCGGGGGAGGGGGCGCGUGAGCUGCAGAGGACGUGCUCGUCACAACUCACCCUCCUGCAGGUGGACAUCACACAGCCACAGCAGCUCCAACAGGCGCUGAUGGAGGUCCGGGCCCGCCUCGGCCACAGAGGUCUGUGGGGUCUGGUCAACAAUGCCGGAGUGUGCGUCAACUUUGGCGACAUCGAGUUGUCUCAGAUGUCAAACUUCCGCGGCUGCAUGGAGGUCAACUUCUUUGGAACGCUCAACGUCACUAAGUGCUUCCUGUCGCUGCUGAGACAGGCCAAAGGUCGCCUCGUCACCAUCUCAAGCCCUGCUGGUGACCAACCCUUCCCCUGCCUGGCGGCGUACGGAGCGUCCAAGGCGGCCCUCAACCUUCUCACCAACACGCUGAGACACGAGCUCGCACCUUGGGGCGUGCAGGUGUCCACCAUCUUGCCCUCCUCCUACAAGACAGGUCACUGCAGUAACUCCGCCUACUGGGAGGAGCAACACCAGCAGCUGUUGCGGUCGUUGCCACGGGAGCUGCUGGAGGACUACGGCGAGGACUACGUGAGCGAGACCAAAGAACUCUUCCACAGCUACGCCCGGCAGGCCAACACCGACCUCAGCCCCGUGGUGGACGCCAUCGUGCAGGCGCUCCUCUCGCCGCAGCCAGAGGCGCGCUAUUUGGCGGGGCCGGGCGUGGGCCUCAUGUACUUCAUCCACAGCUACUGUCCCUUCAGCGUCAGCAACCGCUUCCUGCAGAGCCUCUUCGUCAAGAAGACGGUGGCGCCGCGGGCGCUCAGGAAGCGGGCGCCCUUUGACCUCGUCUCCCACGACGACAACAACAACAACAACAAAGAGGAGGAGAUGGUCAAGUAGCCGCCAUCUAGCGACUCACUCGCCAGAGCUCUAGAGACGCACGCGUUGCACGCGUAAAACAGGGGCGGGGCUUAGCGACCAGCCAAAAACGAGCACAGGAAGGCGGCACGGACAAAUCAUCCUUCACUGAUUGGCUCAGACUAGCUCCGCCCCUAAAUGGGGGGCUCCGCCAGGCGGAAGGAAGGUGGCGCUGUAGAUGCGACUUCCUGUCCGAUGGCACCACAACAUUCUCCACAUGUGACAUCACACACUGCUCCUCUCCCCCGGCUGGACGUCACACCGCCACAAUAAAAGCAUUGCAACAAACAGGAAGUAGUUAGUGUGACAUCACACACUGCUCCUCCCCCCGACUGGACCUCACACCGCCACAAUAAAAGCAUUGCGACGAACAGGAAGUAGUUAGUGUGACAUCACACACUGCUUCUACCCCCGACUGGACCUCACACCGCCACAAUAAAAGCAUUGCAACAAACAGGAAGUAGUUAGUGUGACAUCACACACUGCUCCUCCCCCCUGGCUGGAUGUCACACCACCACAAUAAAAGCAUUGCAACAAACAGGAAUUAGCUAGUGUGACAUCACACACUGCUCCUCCCCCCGACUGGACCUCACACCGCCACAAUAAAAGCAUUGCGACGAACAGGAAGUAGUUAGUGUGACAUCACACACUGCUCCUCCCCCCGACUGGACCUCACACCGCCACAAUAAAAGCAUUGCGACGAACAGGAAGUAGUUAGUGUGACAUCACACACUGCUCCUCCCCCCGGCUGGACGUUACACCGCCACAAUAAAAGCAUCGCAACGAACAGUAAGUAGUUAGUGUGACAUCACACACUGCUCCUCCCCCCCGGCUGGACGUUACACCGCCAAAAUAAAAGCAUCGCAACGAACAGUAAGUAGUUAGUGUGACAUCACACACUGCUCCUCCCCCCGGCUGGACGUUACACCGCCACAAUAAAAGCAUCGCAACGAACAGUAAGUAGUUAGUGUGACAUCACACACUGCUCCUCCCCCCCGGCUGGACGUUACACCGCCACAAUAAAAGCAUCGCAACGAACAGUAAGUAGUUAGUGUGACAUCACACACUGCUCCUCCCCCCCGGCUGGACGUCACACCGCCACAAUAAAAGCGUCGCGACGAACGGGAAGUAGUUAGCCGCUCUUCCACACGCCAAUACUUCAAAGUGAGUACAAGUAUACAAAAGUACGUGUAGCAAAUAGUGUACAGGAAAUAGUAAUAAUAUCACUUUUGUAUUAUUCCAUCAAUCACUUCCUGUCAAAAUGUGAACCCAAACCUUUUUCUCAUGGCUGAUGUUUAUGGUGUUUAAGCAACUUGUAUUUAUUGUGCACACACUUACACACCUACACACAUACUACACACACAAAGUGUCCUAAAAUGUGCUCUGUGUGUGUGUGUUUUUUUUAUAUUCCAUUCGGCAACAUCAUCACUUCAUGAGAACUGUCACUCACACUGUGAAUUUUGUAUAAAAAUAUUUUGAAUAAAAAAUACAUUUUC